UGAGGGACUGGCAGGCGAGGCAGAGAGGCAGUGUGGGCCAGUGUGCGGAGCUGUGAGCCUGGCACAGAAAGAGGAAGACCAGCCUGACAGUCCCUCCCCGUGACGUCUGCCACGUCAUCUCUUCUCGCUGCUCACCAACCUCUGUCUACACAAUCCAGGAGCUCAUUUGCCUGCAGACUAGUCCAGGGGGAGGGAGGACAGAGCUACGUCAGAGGGCGGACUCCUGUGGACCUGCCUCCCUUUCUGAUAAACAAGGGCUAGAACCGAAACCUCUCGGAGACCGCAAUCCUUCGCUCAGGACCUGCUCUGCCUGCCUGCUCUCUGGCUGAGCGCGCCGAGACGCACUGAGCACCCGUCUCCUGCGCCACACGGACAGCACCCUCUCCCCGGCUCAGGAGCACCGCAGGCACUAUGGCAGGGCAAGGAGAGCUGCGGAUCGUGCUGCUGGGGAAAAUGGGCACUGGGAAGAGCAGCAGCGGGAACGCCCUCCUGGGAGAGCAGGCGUUCCGGGCGGAGCGCUCCCCCGGCGCCGUGACCACGGCCUGCGAGCGGAGGGCGGGGGAGCCCGGCGGGAGGCCGGUCGUCGUGGUCGACACGCCGGGGUUCUCCGAGGCCACGGAAGGGAAGAUCGCGGGGGCGCUGUCCCUCUGCGCCCCGGGGCCCCACGCCUUCCUGCUGGUGCUGAAGGUGGAGCCCUUCACGGAGAACCGGCGGCGGGACGCGGACCGGCUGCUGCGGCUGUUCGGCGGCGAGGCCGCGCGCUACACCGUCGUGCUGCUGACCCGCGGGAAGGACCUGAAGGGCAAGAGCGCCGAGGCCUUCGCGGGCGAGAACGAGCAGCUGCAGGCGCUGGUGGACCGCUGCGGGGGCAGGCUGCACGUCCUCGAGAACAGGGGGGAGCAGGGCCGCGCCCAGGCCGCCCAGCUGCUGGAGAAGAUCGAGGCGAUGGUGCAGGCCAACAGGGCGGAGGGGAGGCCCGAGUUCUUCACGCCAGCCGCCGGCAAGGGCAGCCAGAAACACGACUGCGACAUCCUGUAGACUUGCAAGGGGACAGGCAGCGGGUCUGUGUGACAGGACAGGCAGCGGGUCUGUGUGAGGGACAAGACAGCAGAUCUGUGUGACAGGACAGGCAGCAGAUCUGUGUGAGGGACAAGACAGCAGAUCUGUGUGACA